AUGGCCAUCACGGCUGAUGUCAAGAACCAAUUGUUCCAGACAAAUCACGUGGGAGGUGGGGACCUCAUCCGCAUCCCGUCAGAAGCUCCGCUUUCUCCAUCCACCUCGUUGAAUCGAGAGGAUCUGUCACCUGUAGACACAAAUGGACGGGCCUGGACACCCACAGAGCACGAGCGGUUCUUGGAAGGUCUCGAGCUGUUUCCAUCCGGACCGUGGAAGGAGAUUGCGGCUCACGUGGGCUCUCGCACUACCAGACAAACGAUGACUCACGCUCAGAAGUAUCGGGAGAAGAUCGCGCGACGCAAGCGCGGGUUGCGCUCGUCGAUUAAAGACACGCACUCACUCAAGCGACGACGCAACUACCAGCAACUGCAGCAGCUGCAGCAAUACAAACUCCAGUACGAUCGCAAGACAGGAAGUGACUCGGCCUCGCCCUGCUCCGUCGCAGGGUCUUCCCUAAGCACUAGGAGAGGCAUUGACCCGAUGGACUUCCACGGCUGUUUCGUGCCUGGAUCCGAGGUCGCACUCUCUCCGAACUACUACCAAAUCUACAACUCGACACCAGUCUCUGACGUCGAGUUUUUGAACUAUGCAGCUACGUUAAGCGACUUUGAGUGUCUGCCAAUGUCGGAGGAGGAGAUUGACUCGAUUCUCGAGGUGGCGACGCAGUUUCCCGACGUGGACACCCGAAGUCAAGGUGGGUACACGCUCUGA